GUCUAUAAAAUUUCGGAAGAAAAAGUAAGAAAAUAGUAAACUACUGAAGAUUUUCAGAUCGUGCCAGAAGCUUCUUGGCUGUCAUUGCAGUAGUCUUCAAAUGUGUUUGUAAUUUAAUUAAUAGAAAAUCAGUGAUUCCAAAGAAAGUUGCGAUCUUUCUUUCAAGAGACUAAUCGGCUAAAGCAGAGUUGUCUGGAUGAAAAAUAUGUAGUUUUAAAGGUUAUAUUUCAGACUUCAGAAAGAGAAUUUCAUCUGUAUUUAUGAUUUUCCGCGUUUUUCUGGUCAUCGUUUCACAUAUCAAUCUGCUGUCGUCUAACCCGGGAUUCACCUCCAAACAGGAUAAAGCAACAUAGCGAUACUUUAAACAAACAACCUGGAAGCUUAACAUAGCAACGUUUGAAGCCAUUUGCUAAAGACUGGACGCUGGAAGAAUGUGCCAUGUUUUCAGUUCUUAAAGACCCGGUAAAAUGCAACAGAAGGACGACUUAAAGCCUGAGCCACAAAUACACUGAAUAUAAUCAUAACCCAUAUUUGCUGCUUUGCAACAAUAAGAAAUGGAUUCCCAUUCUCAGACCGACAAAGAUCUUCAUCGGAAACUCGCUGCCCUGGACCGUAAGCUUCCUACUGCUGAUCUUCCAUCGUAUGAUUCUUUAGUUCAGUUCUUGUGCCGUCGCAUUGUACCGUCAAAUGCUAUGGAUUUCAUCAAGAGAAUCAUUUAUGUACUUAUAAGAUGCCUAUUGUAUUUAUUGGGUUUUGAGGACGCUCACAACAGAAUUCAAAACGAUCACAAUAAGGACCCAGUCAACAAAUGUUGGUAUUCUCCAAAGAUGGCGGAUGACAGGUUUGCAAUCCGCCCUGGCGACACAUUCUUCGACGCCAGCACCCUCCCAUCCCAAGUUCAAAUGUCUUACGCUCUAGUUCUACGAGGAAUCACACAUGACGUAAACACAACUAUAUUGGACGGGCUUGGUGAAGAUGUUAACGUCGACAACAACAAAGCAAAUAGUAAAGAUAAACUCUACCCGGACCGACUUCAGAUUGAGACAUGUCUUCCCAUGCUGCACCGCUCUUCAUUACUGAUUCUCUCAAUCCUCAAGGCGAGAGAUUUCUACACUGGACAAGAAUUCAAACCAGAUGAAUAUAAAGGUCAGCCAUUCACCAUGCAGUGGUACAGUUUUCUUUUUUCAACAUCCGUUCAGUUCCAUCGCGAACUUAUAGAGAGGUACACUGCACCUCGUGAAUACUCCAGACACGUUAUAGUCAUGUAUGGAGGUAGAGCUUACAGUGUGGAAAUGAUAAGAACAGAUGUGAUGGGUGAAGAAGUGAUGCCCACUUAUGAAGAAAUCAAGAGGCAGCUUGAACGGGUUAUUCAAAUGGACGGCCGGUCACCGCCUUCUCUAGAAGUCAGUGCGAUAACUUCAUUAUCUGCAAAAGACCGACACGUUGUGGAGCAAAACCUCGUACACGCAAGCGACAGAAACAACUAUAACUUUGCAGUCAUCAGAGAUUCUCUAUUAGUGAUCUCUUUAGACCCAGACGACCAACCAAGAACUGCAAAUGAUGCGCUGUUCUGUCUGCAGUCCAAGAAUUUUACCAACAGAUGGUAUGACCGUAGUGUUAAUCUAGUGGUGUUUGGUAACGGAGUUGCAGGGUUUGUCAUGAACUACUUGGCUGGAAUGACAGGUGCUGUGGCUUCCUCUUUUGCUGAGUUAGUGAAGAAUAAAGAAGAGGAAAUAUUGGUUUGUUUGCAAGAAGAAUAUCUGGCAAGUCAUGAUCAAAUCAAGCUUAAGGAGCUCAAAGCGCCAUCCUACCUACACUGGGACGACAUUGAAGAUAAGUCCAUUUGCAAGACAAUCAAACAGAUCAUCAAAUUAAAGGAAGAGUCAGGACCGUUUGCUCCUUUACGACAAGUAGCAUUCAGGCUGAAUUGUGACCUCACGAGAAAGGCUCUUAUUGAAAGAUCUGUCAGUCCAUGUGGGACAUUUCAUGCAGCGUUACAACUUGCUUUACUGCGCGUGUGUGGUAGACAUACGAGCGUGUUUGAAAUAGUAAGCAUAAGGAAUUUUAAAUUUGGUGGCAUGACUUGGAUGGAAACGAAUACCACUGACAUGAACUUAUUCCUUAACGCUGCUUCCGCGUUUUUAUCAAAUUCCAAACCAGACGUAACUUCUUCAAAAGAAUGGCUUAAAAUUUUGCUACGAAAAGCAAUCGCCUCCUAUAGAGAGAAUGUCGUACUAAAUAAGAAAGGUGAUGUUACUUUAUGGCACCUAGAUUCUAUAUACCGAACCUUAGGUCUGGAAACGCGACUCCCAAGGCAAAGGAACAAGCUUAAGAACUUGAGAUCUUUAAUCCAGCAACCUCUUAUUGACUUUCUAAGAGAACCAUCGGUUAAUUUGCUUCCUCCUUCAAAAGCUGAAACCUUUACGUCAAAUCCAGGCUGGAAUCCAGCUGUUGAAGCUGUUGGGAGAGUAGGAGUGAAGAGUAUGCUCCCUCUUGGAGUUCACUACUUGUUCGGCAAGACCGCCAUAUCAAUUACAGUGAGCUCGUUAACGAAUCAUCCCUGUCAUGGGAAGGAAAAACAACUCGCAAAGGAACUUCAAAAUGCGUUUGCAUUUAUCAAGAAACUCCUAGACGAUGAUUAGAUGGCCUGUUUGCGAGAACAGUUGACAAGACCACAGUUAUGGUUGAAGAUAUUUGUUAAAGUGCCUAUCACCCUUUUGACAAUAUUCUCAGUGUUGAUUCUA